CGAGUGUGGCCGGAAGCCGGCGCCUGCGAGGAAAGCCUGUAAUCCACGCCCUCUCACGCCGCCCUUUCCUGGGCGAUACCCACUGAGUGCGAGCUCGGCGCUCGCCCGGCACGCUGCGUGCCGAGCACACCCACCAGGCGCGGCGCUACGCGGUCCCCCAGCCUCCCCGCGGGCGGGGCCCCGAGAAGCCUGCCUUUGAGUGGAAGGCGGGAAAAUGGCGGACUCCUCGGAGCGGAGCGCGGGGAAGCCCACAGUCACUGGUGCCCACAAGACAAAGGGAAGGAGAGUACAAGGAGGAAGAGUGGUUGGGUCCAGGUACCUGGAUUAUGAGAAGAAAACGAAGAAGGUUUCUAUAUCAGCUGCUGGGAAGCCACCUGAGGGAAGGAAGACCAGCGCAUUGCCAAGGAGCAAAGAAGACAGCCGGGUGAUGGGAAGAGGAAACCUGCAGUCCACCAUGCUGGAAGGGCACAGCACAGCUCCACGCGACCUAGACCUUUCAGCCAUCAAUGACAAAAGCAUGUUCAGAGAGCCUACCCAGCUAGACAGGACAGCGUCAGAGAAAUCCGAGUCGACAUCCUUCACCACCCCUCAGAGAAAGAGAACCCUUCACAAGAAGAGACGGGAUCUGCAGCAGACCAUGGACAUGAUGGAGUCGCAGACACUGCUGCUGACCCUGCUGUCUGUGAAGAUGGAAGAGAACCUGACUCUGCUGGAGGAGAAGGCUGAGAAGGACUUGGCAGCCAUGUGCCGUGAGAAGGAGAGGCUACAGGGGCGGGUGCUGGAGCUGCGGCGCCAGCUACUGCUCCGGCAGAAACACCAGGAGCUGGCUACCAUCCUGGAUGCCCAGAUGGAGGUGCUGGGCCCUUUCCAGGCUGUAUCAGAGCGCUUCAAGGAGCAGUACAAGACACUGGCCACAGCCUUGGACACCACUCGACAUGAGCUGCCCCUGCAGGCCGUCCACAUGCAGGGGAGUGGGCAGGAGCUCCUAGAUGAUCUGCAGCCAGCCCUGAGAACCACCCUGCAGCUCCUGAGCGAGCUGGGCAUCUGCUCCCGGGACUCCACUGCACAGGUGCCGGAGGACGCCAGUGCACAAGUACUGUGCCUGCUGGAGGAGCUCAGGGACUUGACCGCCAAGAAGGACCUGGAGCUCCACAGGAUCAUCUGCCAGGUACUGGAACUUUCCUCCCAGGCCAGUAAAGAAGCAGCCUUGAUAAACCAGGAAGUCUGGGAAGAGGCCCAGGGCACCCCCACGGUCAGCCAGUGGUACUUCAGUCCAGACGCCCUCAGGGCCCACAGUCCCUGCCCUGGACAGAACUAAUCACAGUGCAGGCCUGACCCUGGAAUGGCUCCAGGCAGCCUGUCCUGCCACUUUGUGAGCGUUUCCCCAGCCGCCUGUUCGGCCGCUCAUGCUCCCUCCUCGCCUUUUCCUCAGAUACCGAAGGAGGUUCCGGUGGUGCAGUUUUCUGACAAAAUUUUGCACUUUCAUUUUCUACACUUUCCAUUUGGGACAUCACCAGCACUUCUGGGUUUUGUUUUGGGAUUUUGAGACAGGGUCUCUCUGCAGAGCCCUGGCUGUCCUGGAACUGAGUGACUACCAGGUCCCCAGCCCCUGUCCUUGCUAUUUAAUCCCAGCACUCCAGCCAGCCUGAUCUACAGAGUGAGUUCCAGGACAGCCAGAGCCACACGGAGAAACCCUGUCUGGAGAAAAAUAAAUAAA